AUGGGCAUGUUCGCCGAGGCCAGGAGACGGCUCAUUGCGAAGAUCGAAGCCUGCGAAGCUACACACCAGCAAAUGCUCAAGACAGAGCUGCCCAAACGUGGCGUACCCCAGGAGGUUUACUACAGGUUCAACGCCACCAGCUCCGUGGGAUCUGUGGGCAUGAACGAAUGGGCUGCGGUACCGACGAUACAGACAAACACCCGGAAAUACUUGCGACAGGACGACACGCAGCGACUGCUGGGGGAUGCGGCGCUGAAGAUGGGCAAGAUCGAGAUCAUGAAGAGACGACAAGAACGAGGCGAGACACACAACAGAGACCCGAGCUGGUCGUAUCGACAAAAGCCGCAACCCCCCGCUCCACCUGUUGUUGCACCUUCGCACCCCGGAGCAAUCGAACUUCCCGCGGAGGAUACUACAUCAUUCACCCCUCCGCAGCAUCCCAGGGUCUCGGGAAUGCCACCGUACCCCAACGACACGUAUCCUCCGUCCCAGGAUAAAUUCACCCUUGCCCCAGGAGAGACGAAUUCGCCGCGCGUCUCGGGAGAAAUUCCUUAUCGCGGUGGACGUGACGAUAAAUACACGUAUCAGCCAUCUGUUCCUCAACUACAGGCGCACAAUUACAACCCCUCGGAACCACCGCCACGGCCACCAAAGACUCCAAUUGACGACCCUGCCUUCCCCGUGCGGCAACGUACGUCGCCUAUGGCCACGGGCAGGUCGAAUGGCGCGCCUAGACCGCCGUAUCCGCUGGACUUUGAUGAGGGACCGCCGCCGAUGGUGAGUAAAUUGAGAAAGCCGGAGUAUACGCCUAGAUGA